AGUCAGAACGUGACUUCUAAAAAUAGCAUAGUUAUCUUGUAUUGGCUUCGGUAGAUACAUCCCGAUGUUCAUUCAUAUGCAUUUUCUUAACGAAUGUCACUUUAUCAAAAGAUUAGUAGCAGUUAUUGUCACUUUAAAGUUAUUUCAAGAAGUUUUACAGUUAAGGGGUUUGAUGAUAAAAGAAGUUCUUUUUGUGUGUCAGAUAGAUAUACUUCACAAUGUCAGCGCAACCCGUCACGAAGAAGCUGAUCAACUCGGUCGAGAGCUGUGUGGACGAUAACCUUCGAGGGCUGGUGGCCACGUACCCUAAGCUGAGGCUGCAUCCUAAACACAGGGUUAUUACUAUCAGAAGUGAUAAGGAUUCUGAAAGGGUGGCUGUGAUAAGCGGAGGAGGGUCUGGCCAUGAACCUUUUGCUGCAGGUUUUGUCGGUAGUGGGAUGCUGGAUGGAGCAAUAGCUGGUGGUAUCUUCGCAUCUCCACCCACUGGACAUGUGCUGUAUGCUAUCACACAUCUACACAAGUAUAAUUCAGGUGGUUCUAUUGUCAUUUUGGGGAACUACACUGGAGACAGACUGAACUUUGGAAAAGCUAUAGAGAAGGCCAAAAUCGCUGGGAUAAAGGUCAGAGAAGUCAUAGUGUCAGAGGACGUCGCAUCAAGUCAGAACAAAACUGGUGGCAGAGGUCUGUGCGGAGAAGUCUUCUUGUUCAAGCUUUGUGGGGCGAUGUCUGCAAAGGGCUACGAUUUGGACUUCAUCCACAAGUCGGCGCAGGACGUCUGCAAACACAUGGCUACUUUGGGCGUUUGUUUGAAACCAUGUUCACUUCCAGGCCAACCCCCUCUCUUCGAGAUCAAGCAAGAUGAAAUGGAGUUGGGAGCCGGGGUGCACGGCGAGGCUGGCAUCGCCAAGGUCAAGACAGGAACAGCCAGGGAGGUUACUGCUGUAUUACUCGAGAAGAUAAUAACACAUCUGAAACUGGCAGCAGGGGACAGAGUAGCCGUGAUGCUCAACAAUUUAGGAGGCACUUCUGUUUUAGAAGUCAAUAUCAUAUGCGCUGAGAUCAAAGACUAUUUGAAACGCAAAAGCAUAAAACCUGAACGCAUUAUCGCCGGCCACAUGAAGACUUCUCUAGAAAUGCACGGGCUCCACAUCUGCCUGCUCAAACUCAGCAAGGAGUCUGGAGAUCUGUAUCUGGAGCUGCUGGACGCCGACACUGACGCCCCAGGCUGGACCGGGACGAGGCUGUCUGUGGGGGAGGAGGUGGAAGACCUGGAGGAUGAUGAUGAAGACAGCUCUACAAGGAAAGCAUCAGCCGGCCCGUCGUUAUCAGCAUCACAACAGCACCUCUUCCGAGGGUGCCUUCAGGUGGCUGGUGAAGCUCUGGUGAAGAGUGAGACGCUACUCAACAAGUUGGACUCCGGCUGCGGUGAUGGUGACUGCGGGACUACAAUCAAACAGUUUAGUCAAGCUGUCCUAGACUAUUUGAAAGAGGGAUCUGUGGAGUACCCCUCAAAUGUGCUGUGGGUGCUAUCAGAAAUAGCUGAGAAGCACAUGGGCGGCACUUCGGGCGGUAUCUACAGUUUAGGACUGGCGGCUGCUUCGCAAUCGUUUGCUUCUGCAAAAUCAACAGACAUUUCGGUUUGGCUCGCGGCUUGGGAGAGCUGUAUGCGAGCUAUCACUAAGUAUGGUGGGGCGGAGCCUGGUGACAGAACUAUGUUAGAUACACUUCACACAGCGUGCGUGGCGUUCAAACAAAAUCUGAAUUCGGAUCUGAAGACGCUCCUUCGUAGGACUGGCGAAGCGGCAGAAGCCGGGGCGAAAGCUACUGCCAGUAUGGUGGCGAGGGCGGGACGAGCAUCGUACGUGGCAAGCGGGUACAUGACAGAAGACGAUGCGGGUGCGCGGGCGGUCGCUAUUUGGAUGCAAGCGAUUAUCGACUUUCUUGUCAAUAAAAUAUAAUUCAAUUUUA